AGGGGGAGAUUCUCAAAGGAGCCACAACUCCCAUGUCGGCAUCUAAACGAAUGGCCAGAUUUACAGAGGAGCUCAGCAUUUGGGUUCAGAGCACUUGGCUCUCCGGUCAUCAGUGUCCCAGUGGCCACUGCCGAGUUCUGAGUCUCGCUUAAAUGUACGAAAAAAUAUGGAGGAGAUGAUGCUAAACCUGUUGCUGGAAACUGGGGUGACAAUUUUCUGACCUCGUGUUUCCCUCUGCCUCCCUCUGCAGCCGGGGAGAAACCAGCAUCAAGCUCAGAAAUGGCGAGCCUUGUUAAAAAGCCUUAAUUUCACGCGCAGUCCAUGUUGCAAGAAAGGGUUUCAUCUCUGAGCCUCCGAGCCGCUGCGCUGAGCGUAAUGGGACAGCUUGAAAACCGAGAGAGCUGAAACUGACCUUCCCCCUACAGCCAGACUUGUUUCAUUCUUGUGGCUAACGUGCCAGCAAUUGUCACUCUGCAAAAAUGAGAAAAGACUUUGCCAGCCUCAGAUCUGAAACAGAUACCAGCGAAGAGACAGAGUCAUCACAAGCCAACCAGAGCUGGAAAACAGCUCCCCGCUCAGAGAAAGUUCCUCGCUUCAGCACCUCAGCUCAGUCUAAGGGAGUCUAAAUCCGCGGACAGCGAACUGGGUGGGCAGAGACACUCAGAGUGCACCGUGUGUGGAGGAAUGCUGCGUGAACACGAUCGUCUGCAGCUCCCAGCGCUCGUUCCAGAGUCUACGCUGAAACCCUGGGAGCAUCCUAGUUCUGAAUUCACAUCCCCAGCGUCUGAGUCUGGUUCGGUCCAUGCUCUGUCCGUCUCCAGAUCUCCCCGCACUUGGAAAGAAGGAAUGCCGAUAGCCCCGCGGACCUGGUAAGGAGGCCCUGUUGUGCUAGGCGCUGUUCAUACACAGCGUGAAAAGAGAGGCCCUGCCCCCAGAGAGCUGCAGUCUGAGUAUGAGACCAGAAACAACGAGUGGAGACGGCCAGGAGACAAGGAAACUGUCCUUUCCGGCUCGAUUCGCUCACACACCUGCAGGGAGGAAGAGGUUUCCCUGCUCUGCAGCGAUGCACGUAGCGGGACUUCAGAAUGCCCCAUGGCGCCCAGCCCUAGAGCCCAAUUCUCCCCUCUCCAUGUCCUGUGUCUCCAGCCUCUGUGGUUGGCUGUUCUGCAAGACGGCCUGUCACUCCCCACCAAUCGCAGGCUGCUGGCCCUUUGCUAAUGCUUCCUCUUUCCCCUCCAGGAGCCUUUGAUCUGGUUCAGAAAGGCAGGAAAGAGGGGACCCGCGGGAGGCUGCAAUCUAGCAGGGGGCCCAGCUUCCCAGGAGACGCUUCCCAGAGACCGCCUGAGAGGAUGUGGCUGUACCUGGCCGCCCUGCUGGGGCUGUACUUCCUGCACCGAUGGUACCGGGAGCGGCAGAGUGUCGAGGGCCUCCCGGAUAAAUACGUCCUGAUCACCGGCUGCGACUCCGGCUUCGGGCACCUGGUGGCCAAGCAGCUGGACGCCCGGGGCCUGCGGGUGCUGGCGGCUUGUCUCACCCAGCAGGGCGCGGAGCAGCUGAAGAAGGCGACGUCGGAGCGGCUGCAAACGGUGAUCCUGGACAUCACCCGCACCGACAGCGUCGCUGCGGCCACCGCCUGGGUGAAGGAACAAGUCGGGGACAAAGGGCUGUGGGGCCUGGUGAACAAUGCGGGGAUCUCUCUCCCCGUGGCCCCCAACGAGUGGCUGACCAAGGACGACUUCGUCAAGGUGCUGGACGUGAACCUGAUCGGCCUGAUCGAGGUGACCGUCAGCGUCCUGCCCCUGGUGAAGCGAGCCAGGGGCCGGGUCGUCAGCGUGGCCAGCAUAAUGGGCCGAUUGUCCUUCUUCGGAGGGGGCUACUGCCCUUCUAAGUACGGCGUGGAGGCGUUCUCCGACAGCCUCCGGCGUGAGAUGCUGCCUUUCGGGGUGAAGGUGUGUGUGAUCGAGCCGGGCUACUUCCGCACCACAAUUACCAACCCUCAGCUCAUUAACGAGAACUUCACUCGCCUCUGGGAGCGGCUCCCUGAGGAAACCAAAGCGAGUUACGGGGAGAGUUACCUGAAAAGCUUAAUCCGCGCCACCCACGACAUGCAGAAAUCCUGCAGCUCCGAUCUGUCCAUCGUCACCAGCUGCAUGGAGCACGCGCUCACGGCCCGCCACCCCCGCACCCGCUACUCCGCCGGCUGGGACGCCAAGCUGGUCUUCCUCCCGCUGAGUUACCUGCCCACCUGGUUCGCCGACUUGGUGCUGAUGUGGUCCUCCCCGGUCCCAGCCCAAAAAGCGUAGGAGGAAGAUGCAGCGUGAGACUCUCGGCAGGUGGCAGCGACCAGAGGAGCGUCACUGGUACAUGGGGUCCAAAUUCCCGGCGGGGGUGAGACCCCUGUCCCGUGGCACCCAGCUGAGACUAUGCAAAUCAGUUCUUAAUUACAAAUGUUGAAUCAAAA